AUGAAAUCAACUUCGAUCGAUAAAGAUGAACUAAUAUCAGUAUGUGAAAUUGAAUACGAAGGUAAUCCGACUGAAUUGGCUACUCUGCGAGAGUUUAAGCAAAAUUAUUCAUCUGAACAAUCAAAUAUUGAUUUCUUCUUCCUUUUUCGAUUUUUCAUUCGCGAUCUUGAACAACAACUCGAUCAACAUCGAUGUUCAUCACCUCUUCGUCUCUAUCGUGGUCAAUUAAUAUCAAAUGAAGAACUACAAUGA